GUUCCUGUGCCGGAUGGUAUGUAGAUCAGCGGAGCUGCAGCAUGUAAGCGAGUGUCAGUUUCUGUUUUGAAGGAGCGCGGAGUGUCAGAGAGAAGCUGAACUAGCCGGUUAAAACAGAGGUGACUGGAUUUGCCAUGGCACCACUCAUCAAAACGAAACAAACAGAAAAAAUAAUCAACGGAAUAUCAACUCAAGUUGUUUGCACGGAAUUCAGCAACUACAUCUUCAUAGUUCUUACGCAGUAUGGGAAGAUCGGGACGCUUGUGUCUGUAACCCCUGACACCAGAUGCAGUGAUGUCAGCGCCCCUGUGAUAACUACGAAAGUGCUUCUGGGAAAGGAUGAGGCUCUCACACAUGUCUAUGCAAAAAACGUUGCAACAUUUGUUUGUCAGGAAGCAGGAAACCGUCCCGUUCUUCUGGGACUGUCGCUGAAAGACUGCACUGCUGAAAACCUGAAGACUCUGAAGGAAAUGAUCAAAAGCUGCCAAGUGUGGUGACCAAACGGACUGCUUAGAAAUGUUAGAAAGACUGCUUUUUUAUUUUUAUACAAAACUGUCUUGUCUGUUUUAUUUUUUAUUUUUUGUAAUUCAUGUUUUACAUCUUUUUGACAUAACCCACGUCUUUACUCCAGACUCCUGAGUGUACACAGUUUGGAUAUUUCCCUCCAGGCAAAUGAUGAAAGCAUGGCUGCUGCUGGAUAUGAGAACGGUGUGGACUGUAGUGAAGAUGUAGUAGGACCAGGAUCACCACCGUAAUACUGAAUGCAUUCACAACUGUCAGUUUCUCACUGUUUUAUUAAAGCUGUUUAUUUACAGA